AUGCCGCUUUCCGUUCCAGAUGUAAAACGUUUAGAUGUGAUGUUGGGUGUGGGCAACAUUGACUUAAGACUCUUGCAUGUGUUCACCUCCUUGGAAACUCGCAAAUCCCCGCAUCAGAAUUGGACUAUACAUCGAGACGAUCCGUCAUCUUGGAGAGGCAGUGUGUAUCACAAUAGUAGUGGACAGAGAACCGAUCCCACCGGUUCCAACGAGUUUGCCUUACCCCCGUUGGAGUUGUGGGAUGAACCGCAGAGGAAUUGGCGACGAACCUAUACACCCCGACCGUCCGUGCCCGAUCGAACCAGGUACUCACAUCAACCGUACGCGGUCACUCCGCGACACACCAUCCGGAUGACACCAGCACCACGAGUUCCGCCAAACAGACCUGCUUAUAACAGUUUCCCUCCUUGGUAUGCGGAUAAAUAUCGCCGAAUGCCACGUGAUGAAUCUGACGGUGGUACUAGUGGUACUAUUACCAUGAGUGGUGUGAGUCGAUUACCAUGGAAUUACCAACCUCGGUGCCGAUCUUGCGGUCGACCAAUGCUACAAGAUUCAUUCUGCUCCGAUGAUUUUGGUAAAUGGUGCACCAAUUCGGUUUGA